CACGGAUCGGAUCGCCAUCUUCAAAGGCAUCAUCAGUUUUGGCGCUGUAACGCACAAGCACAAUCUGUCCCUGUUCAGUCUACUGUUUUUCGUGCAUUAUUUUCCGUAAAGUGUAGCAAAAAUGCAGCGUGAUUACGCCAAAGAUAAAGAAACGAUCAAAUCCUUCCUGGCGGAGUUUUAUCGCGAGGAAGACGAUGGCAAGAAGAACUUCGUGUACGCCCGCCAGCUGACAAAGAUUGCGCACCGCGAGCAGAUCCAGCUCGUGGUCGAUCUGGACGAUGUGGCCAGCUACAAGGACGAGCUGGCGGAAGCGAUGCAGGUCAACUCGCGGCGCUACGUGAAGCUGUUCUCGGACGCUGUGUUCGAGCUGCUGCCCUCGUACAAGGAGCGGGAGGUGACGAAUAAGGACACGCUCGACAUCUUCAUCGAGCAUCGGCUGCUGAUGCAGGGCCGGCUGCACGGGCCGAACGAUACGCGGGACGCCCGGAACGCCAUCCCGAUGGAGCUGAUCAAGCGGUACGACGUGUACUUCAAGGCGCCGAGCAUGGCGAAAGCGGUCUCGAUCCGGGACGUGAAGGCGGACAGCAUCGGCAAGCUGGUGGCGGUGCGCGGCAUCGUGACGCGCUGCACCGAGGUGAAGCCGAUGAUGACGGUCGCGACGUACACGUGCGAUCGGUGCGGCUCGGAAACGUACCAGCCGGUCACGUCGAUGAGCUUCAAGCCGGCGAUCGAGUGCCCGUCGGAGGACUGCCGCGUGAACAAGGCGGGCGGCCGGCUGUACCUGCAGACGCGCGGCUCCAAGUUUGUCAAGUUCCAGGAGAUUAAGAUCCAGGAGCACAGCGAUCAGGUGCCGGUGGGCCACAUUCCCCGUUCGCUGACGGUGAUGUGCCGGGGCGAGACGACACGCUGCGCCCAGCCGGGCGACCAUGUGAUCAUUACGGGCAUAUUCCUGCCGAUCCAGAAGACGGGCUUCCGGGCGGUGGUGUCCGGGCUGCUGAGCGAAACGUUCGUCGAUGCGCAUCGGAUCGUGUGCCUGAACAAGUCGGACGAUGGCGAGCUGAACAACGAGCUGACGCAGGAGGAGCUGGACGAGCUGGCGAAGGAUGAUUUCUACACGCGCAUCGCCAGCAGCCUGGCGCCGGAAAUUUACGGCCAUUUGGAUGUGAAGAAGGCACUGCUGCUGCUGCUCGUUGGAGGCGUCGAUCGCAGCCCGGACGGGAUGAAGAUUCGUGGCAAUAUUAACAUCUGUCUGAUGGGCGAUCCCGGUGUGGCCAAGUCGCAGCUGCUCGGGUACAUCGAUCGGCUGGCGGUGCGCAGCCAGUACACGACGGGCCGCGGUUCGUCCGGCGUCGGUCUUACGGCGGCCGUCAUGAAGGAUCCGCUCACCGGGGAGAUGGUGCUGGAGGGCGGUGCGCUCGUGCUGGCCGACCAGGGCGUUUGCUGUAUCGACGAGUUCGACAAGAUGGCCGACGAGGACCGUGUGUCGAUUCACGAGGUGAUGGAGCAGCAAACGAUCUCGAUUGCAAAGGCCGGCAUUAUGACGUGCCUGAAUGCGCGCGUGUCCAUUCUGGCCGCCGCCAAUCCUGCCUACGGACGGUACAAUCCGCGCCGCACGAUCGAGCAGAACAUUCAGCUGCCGGCUGCACUGCUGUCCCGGUUCGAUCUGCUGUGGCUGAUCCAGGAUAAGGCCGAUCGGGACAACGAUCUGCGGCUGGCGAAGCACAUCACGUACGUGCACAGCCACGGUAAGCAGCCGCCAUCGCGCAUCAAGACGCUCGACAUGACGCUCAUCCGGCGGUACAUCGCGCUGUGCAAGCGCAAGAUCCCGGUCAUCACGCCGGAGCUGACGGAUUACAUCGUGAACGCGUACGUGGAGUUGCGCCGUGAGGCACGCAACAGUCGCGACAUGACGUUCACGUCCGCGCGCAACUUGCUCGGCAUUUUGCGCCUUUCAACAGCGCUGGCCCGGCUGCGGCUGGCCGACACGGUCGAGAAGGACGAUGUGAAGGAAGCGCUGCGUCUGCUGGCCAUGUCGAAGGACUCGCUCAGCCAGACCGAACAUCGGGACACACACGUGCAAAACACCUCGGACAAGAUAUUUGCCCUCGUGCGGGAGCUGGCCGGCGAAAGCAAGACGGUAAAGGUGGCCGACAUUAUGGAGCGGUGCACCACCAAGGGCUACAAGCCGGACGAGGUCGACGAGUGCAUCGAAACGUACGAGGAGCUGAACGUGUGGCAGGUUAACCAGACGCGAACGAAAAUCACGUUCCUGUAGGAUGGAUGUGUCUCUCCGUGUGUAGAAAACACCCUUUAUUCUCUCACUUGGUCGUAUUUCAUCAAUGACAUCAUCAUCAUCAUUAUUUACAAGCUUCUUUUUUAUACGUAGCAUUAAGGAGGAUUUUCUCUCAUUGUUGAUAAGUAGUAUUGUCGUAUCGAUAAGUGUGUGUGUGAGUUCAUUUCUUUUACCAUUUUACAAAAGGGCCUGCCACCAACGCCAGUACAAGCUAGGAAAUGCAACAUUUUUGAUACAUUAAUUAUUGAUAAACGAAAUAAAACGUGUUGAAAAAUAAAA